AUGGGGAAGAGUCUGGGAGCCACACUUGGAGAUGUUUGUGGAGCUGGACUUCUUCCAGGAGAGUUCUUCCACGUGGACUGGGACAAGAGGCAGAACGUCUGGAGGCUGCCCAACAUCCCCAACUACUUUGGCUUUGACGCGCAGGGCGCUGUGGGCAACAUGGACAUCAUGAAGAACAACAUGGAGGUCUUGAUCAAGCACAGCAACCGCAGCCAGACCCCCAACGCUCCUCCUACAGCAACCAUGUUCCUCAAAAACCCUGUGGAAAUGGGGGACCCCAACGUGCUCAUCUGCUUCGUGGACCAGUUCUUCCCCCCAGUGCUGAACAUCACCUGGCUGAAGAACGGAGAGGAGGUUUCCCAGGGCAUGACGGACACAGACUUCUUCCCCAGUGCGGACAAUGCCUUCCGCAAGUUCUCCUACCUGGCCUUUGUCCCGCAGCAUGGAGAUUUCUACGUCUGCCAGGUGGACCACUGGGGCCUCCCUCAGAGCCUGGCCAAGCUGUGGCACUCCAAGGAGCCGACGCUCAUCCCAGAGACGAAGGAGAACGUGGUGUGUGGCCUGGGCUUGGCCAUGGGCCUCCUGGGCAUCAUGGCUGGCUCCGUCCUUUUCAUCAAGGCCAGGAGGAUGAAUGGCAUCAACCAGCGCAGGGGCCCCCUGUGAGUCCAUUGCUCAGAAGAAGGAAGGCCUCUCCUUUGCCAUGUGGUGGAGGGAUUAGAGGGGCAGAAGGUCUCAGAUCCCACAUCUCAGAACUGGCACUUAAAUUCUUUGGGUCACAUUUCGGCCCCUUAUUGAAGGCCACUGAGGGCCACUCACAUAUCCAAAAAAAUUCAUCGAACAAGGAGCUGAGCCCAAUCCUGCUUCUUUGUCUCAUAUACCGAAAGGACACAGUCAUAGUUCAAUGUUUUUGCAUGUCAUGCAUUGCAUAUGUUUUCAUCUGCACACAUUAAAUACCCACCCAUUGCUCUAAUCCAGUGUUUCUCAAACUUUUUGGAGUCAAGGACCGCUAAAUUUUUCGUGCAGAGUUUCAAGGACCGCUACAUUCUUCAUGCGCAGUUUCCCGGACCAGCAGUUAGUAAAGGGGUUUCAAGUCUGUCUGUCUAUCUAUCUAUCAGACUUCUAUACUGCCCAAAACUUGCAUCUCUGGGCAGUUUAGAAUGAAAAUAAUAUAAGCAUUGAAAUAAUUAAAUUUGGAAUCUUUUGCAAACAUGGAAUAUUAGGGGUUCUUAACCUUGGGUCCCUCAGUUAAACUCCCAUAACCCCCAACAACAAUGGCAUUUGGCCAUUAUGGCUGGGGAUUAUGGGAGUAGAAGUCCACCAACGUCUGGGUACCCAAGGUUGAGAACCCCUGAAUUUAAAAGCCUGGGUGAACAAAUUUGUCUCCAGUAUGUCUGGAGUGGAGGUGCUUGUGAUUACUCAAUGGAGAGGGGAUGUUGGGCCAUUAGAAAAAUUCAAAAGCUACAUGGGGCCAAUGAAAACAACAUACAAGCAAGCCCCACUGAUGCAAGAGGGAAACAGCGUUCCCUCUCAAGACGCCUCAACCACAACAGGCAGCUGGGUUUCAAUCAACCAACCUUUGGCUGCAAACAAUGAGCAUGCAAGAACCAGUAGCCCUUGAAGUGGCGCCCACUGCCAUACUUUUUCCUCCAUGCCCCCACACCGCAUACAGUUUGAAGCUGUAAAGAUAGGGAAUAAGAUAGCUGUAGGAAGAUCUCAGCAGCACGUGGAGGCAAGGCACAAGAAGGGUCCCAUGCCUCCGUGAUACUCUUCCUCUUCCAUGCCAUGUGCAAAAUUGAGGAAGUGAGUGCCUUGAUUUCAGUUGGGGGGGGGUUGACUCCCAGUCAGGGACCGGCACUCAACCCUUCGGGGACCGGCAGCGGUCCAGGGACCGGUGGUUGAGAAACACUGCUCUAAUCUGUCUAUAGGGACCCUUGGAAGUGGGAUUGUAUGUGCUUGGAUGGGGAGGGGCUAAAUCCAGGUCCUUGACUCCCCUCCCAAAGAGCUGACUAGUAUUAUCACCCAAACCCUGGGCAAGGCACGGAUCAUGCCCACCACAGCAGCUGCUGGAUGCAGACAGGAAUCACCCACCCACUCUAAAUUCUGCUCCAAGACAGCCAAACAGAGUGCCAAGGAGACCCAGAUCUUCCUUCCAGAAUAAACACAGCAAAAGAGGAAAUUUUUUGUAUCUUGCACGUUUUAUAUUUCUUCAAGGAGACUGGAUUUUUCACAAGUGACAUGAAAUGAAGAUGGGAUUUUUUGUUUAAUAGGAAAGGAGGUGGGGCCCAGGAAUGAAGGAGGGUACGGACUCCUUUUUGAUUACAAUAUCCAGAAGCUAGAUUUUAGAAAGGAUUAUGUUUUAUUCCCAGGACACCUGAUUUCUCCCUAGCAAAACUGCAGAUGUGCAGACAAGACAGCUCCCAGCUCACCAUCCCUCAUGUUCCCUUUCAGAUAAUGGAGGAGCAGCCAAACCAGCUCCUUCCCCCGACAGCCCCUCUGCAAGUCCCAGAACUGCGUCUCUCGCUCCAUCCCUGGUCAAGGCUUUGCUUAACCAACCUGGUCCUCGAUGUAGGUCCUGGUCUGCUCCUUUCCAUACCAGGGGCCUUUGCACUGCUGAUUCGUGGCUCUUCUGCUCUUAGAUGGAAGGGGAAUUAAGACGCCGGUUCACUAGGCACAUCCUUUAGUGUUAUUGACAUGGAUUUUAAGAAUAAAACCAUCCUUCUUGGCUUAUUCCAUUAGAUUCAAAUCUGGCCUAGGAAAUGGUGACCUUCUGUCUAUCACCUUUUCAGCUGAAACUUGUAUUUUACAGGAUAUUUUUAAGAUGUAGUUAGCUAACUCAUGUUCUCUGCUCCUCAAACAGAGAUUAGAGAAGGGAUUUUAUAUCUACAUGAAAGGGGUUAAUUAUGUCUCUGAGUUAGAGUAACAACAGAUCAAAGAAGCAGCAGCAAAAAGCUGAAUGGGAGAAGAGGUUUUCUAUUGAGAGAGAAGCGCGACGCUGACAUGUUUCUAAGUUAUGGUUUCUAUAUAGUCAUGAGGAAUCUUAUGAUAUCAGAGUUUGACUCCCAGAUCCAGAACCAGGUUGCUUAUUAGCACAUCACCUGAUUCUCUUUUGCAGUUUGGAAGUUUGUAAAUGCUGCUUGAAAUUAUCUUUCAUUUAAAGCCCUUUGUAAUCAGUGCUAUGUUUGUGUUUUUGUCUAUGAUUAAGUCUGUAUAUUAAGUCUGUACUAAAAGCUUUAUCAAUAAACCAGCAUUUAAAGUUAA